AUGGACUUCGAUAAUCUCGCAAAAGCGCAGUCGGAUCGAAUUUUUCAGGUGUGGAUACAAAAUCUACUCAGAAAUUCACCAGAGGAAUUGGCAGGCAAACUCGCUUCCCGGCAUUGCCCUGGUACGCCCGUAUCAGCCUCGCGGCUUCCAAAUGGCGCCUUUAAUAUUUGCUAUCGAGUCACUUACAUAAAUGGACAUCGUGUCCUGGUUCGGUUCACAGCCCUUGGUCGGGUCAUUGCUCGCAAUGAAAAGGUUCAUGAUGAGGUCGCAAUAAUGAGCUAUGUUGCUCAGCACACAACGAUUCCUAUUCCAAAGGUCUUAGGACAUGGAAAUGCGUUAAGCGGAUACCUCAGAAAUCCGCCGUCCCAGGAGACAAUCACAUUGAGUUCGAGUAUCCCGACAUCCGUCUUGAGGAGAGCUUAUCUCAGCAUGGCUGCUAGAGCUGUCGAAGCCUGA